AUGAACGGUCUAGUUGUAAAAAAGACACAAAGCACUCUGGGCAAAGUGAUAAAGAAACCUGCUCUCACUGAAAAACUGCUCAGCAAGCCACCGUUUCGAUACCUGCACGACAUUUUUACUGAGAUCAUUAGGACCACUGGCUUUAUGAAAGGCUUGUACAAAGAGAACGAAUUGAAGUCAGAAUGUAUCAAGGACAAGGAGAUGAAGAUGGCGUUCCUUCAGAAAGCAAUAGAUCUUGUGGUACUGGUGACUGGAGAGCCCCUCACCGUGAGACCAGCACAUAUUGUUGCCGGUCAUGAGCCCGAAAAGACCAAUGAGCUGCUGCAGGCCAUUGCCAAGUGCUGCCUCAACAAGGUGUCCAGUAAAGAGGCAGUGAAGCGAGUUCUUGGAGGAGAGAGGCUGGACGUGAGAGCCAAGGAGAGCGCGUUAAAAUCCCAAGACAAGGACACAGUGGAUGGACGUGAAGCUCACCCGGACAGAGAGGAGAAGAAGAUGGUUGAACACAACGAGUGCAGGGUAGAGAAGGAGCGAGAGCAGUCCAGAGAGCAGGAGAGGCCACGUCGAGAUGGUGAGAAGGAACACCGCCAUGACAGAGAGCGUUCUGCCAAGAACCACCGCCGUGAACAGGACCCCCCUAAAGAUGGCGAGCAAGACAAGUGUCGCAAACGCGAGCGAGACAAGGAUCAUGACAAUGCACAAAGCAAGGAAAGGGAGUGGGAAAAGGAGAAGGAUAAAGGUCAAGAGAAGGAAAGCAGCAAGAGGGAAAAAGUAACAAGCGCAGAGAGUGAGAGACACAAGCCUUCUUUGUCACAGACCAAUAGUCCGACAAGAACAAGUCAGGCCUCUUCUGCCAGAGGGCAAAGAUGGAAAAACACUUUUGGAGAUGAAUCGGACAGUGAAUGCGACACUCAGCAGGCACGGAGUCCCCCUUACAAGGAAAGUGGCGAUGCUGCAGUUUCCUCACUUUCGUCCGACGUGACCCCCAGGUCUGUAGCGACAACGCCAAAGUUCCGAUUCGGAAUCAAGCCAGUUCAAUCGCUGCAUCUUAUGUCGUAUAGCAAUAACCGCACGGUGCGGCCCAGCAGUGCUCGUCCGGCUCCUCCUCGAGUCAAGAAACAGGAGAGCUUCACCGAAGGGGUUCCAGCCGAGAGGCUUUCUAGUGCCAAGCCUUCAGUCAUCAGAGAGGGGAAGAAGCUGUCUGCUGAUGAGGAUGAGGAAGACGAGCAGUUUCUUGUGGCAGAGGCGGCCCCUGAACCCGCAGAUGCUCCGGAAACGGAACCUGCACAAGAGCUCAGUCGUGAAGAAAAACAUGGUGUACUUGUGAAAAAGAUCCUCGAGACAAAAAAAGACUACGAGUCGUCACCAUGCUCCAAUAAAUUAAAAGAGCAAACGCUGGUGUCAGAGGAAGCCCGGAAGAAAGAGCAAGACCUGGUCACGCGGGAGAUAGAGCGGCUGCGUGCGUCCAUCCAGUCGGUAUGUCAGAGCGCGCUGCCUUUAGGGAAGAUCAUGGACUAUGUGCAGGAGGACAUAGACGCCAUGCAAGCAGAGCUCCAAAGUUGGCAGAAGGAGAACAAGGAACAUGCGCAGGUUUUGCUGCAGGAGCAGAAAGUGACAGAGCAGGCAGUCGAACCUCUCAAGGCAGAACUGGGAGAGCUUGAUCAGCAGAUGAAAGAUUACCAGGACAAAAUUUGUGCUGUGAGGUCCAACAUAAUAAUGAAUGAGGAGAACAUCCAGAAGAAGUUAGCAGCAAUUAUCUCUUCCAGAUCCUGAAAAGGGAAACCAGGGCUUGUGAGUACAAAGUCAUCUACUGGAAAAGAACAGUUUUUGUUCAUCCUUUCUUUUAUAUAGCGCUUGCCCUCAUUCGGGAAGCUGAAGCCUAUUCCAGCUGAUUUUGGACAAGAGAAGAUGGGUACACCCUGGACUGGUCGCUAGGACACAUACAGUGCCGUGAAAAAGUAUUGUCCUCCUUUGUCAAAGUAUUUUUUGGCCUAUUGUCUCCACUUUCAUUUGAAGAUCAUCAAACAAAUAUAAAUAUCAAACAUAUACAACCAGUUUUUAAAUGGUGACUCUAUUUCAUAAGGGGGGACUUCCAAGCUAACUGGCCGUGUGUGAAAAAUUAUUUGUCCCCUUGUUAAAUCACAACUUAACUGUGGCUAAUCAAAUUUUUUUUAGAAAGUAGAGUUCAUUGUCACUGGCUACACCCAAGCCCGAUUACCGCCGGACUUGUUCAAUCAAGACAACAAAAUAAAGUCAGCCAAAAGAUUUCAAAAAGUUGCCAUGAACCAAAGAAUUUCAAGAACUGAUGAGAAAUUAAGUAAUUUACAUCUGCCAGUCUGGAAAUUGUUACAAAGCCAUUUCUAAAGCUUUAGGACUCCCGGGAACCACAGUGAGAGCCUUUAUCCACAAAUGGCGAAAACAUAGAACAGUGGUGAACCUUCCAAGGUGUGGUCAGCCUACAAAAACUACACCAAGCGACGACUUGGUGUCAUUUUUUAGC